AUGAGUUCUAGCGCCGAAACCAUUGCUAAGAACGCACGUUUAGGCGGUAAUGUUCUGAAGACGAUUACGAAUGAAAAGCGUUCAUCACUUCUAUACAAGAUUCACGAUGGACUAAAAGCCAACGCUCAUUCGAUCCAAGAGGCAAACAAAGAGGACCUGCGAAAUGCCAAAGAAGGACAACUGGCAGAUUCGCUUUACAAGAGACUCGAUCUUUUCAAAGGUGACAAAUUCGAAACCAUGCUGGCUGGAAUCAUUGAUGUUGCCGAACUUGAAGAUCCUGUGGGCAAAGUCAAACUUGCAAGAGAGCUAGAUGAAGGUUUGAAUCUGUACCAAGUCACUGCUCCAGUCGGAGUACUUCUGGUGAUUUUUGAGUCUAGACCCGAAGUCAUCGCAAACAUCACUUCUUUAGCUAUCAAAUCCGGUAACGCUGCAAUUUUGAAAGGUGGCAAAGAAUCGGUCAACACCUUCAGAGAAGUUUCUCGUAUCAUCAAUAGCGUUAUAACCGAGAACCAGUCUACCUCGGGUAUUCCCUCUGGUGUUAUUCAGUUGAUUGAAACGCGUCAAGACGUUUCAGACCUUUUGCAACAGGACCUUUACAUUGACUUAGUCGUUCCGCGGGGCUCUAACUCCUUGGUCAGGCAGAUCAAGUCCAGUACUAAGAUUCCGGUUUUGGGUCACGCCGAUGGAAUAUGCUCCAUCUAUUUAGACAAAGAAGCAGAUGUUGAUAUUGCCAAGCGUAUUACCAUAGAUGCCAAAACCUCUUACCCAGCAGGUUGUAAUGCUAUGGAGACUCUCUUGGUGAAUCCUGAAAUGCCACAAUGGUGGGAUGUACUCGAAAACUUGUCUAGAGCUGGAAACGUCUGUCUGCAUGUCACGGGUGAUGUGAAAGAAGCUUAUUUGAGCAAAUUACGGGAAUCAAACAAAUUAGAUGACCAGAUACAAAGUUUUGUUGUUGAUGCCGUUAAUUCGAGCGAUUUUGACAAAGAAUUUCUGUCUUUGGAUUGUGCAGUGAGAUUUGUUGCAUCCACUGAAGAAGCUGUUACUCACAUCAAUCUGCACUCCUCAAAGCAUACUGAUGCCAUUAUCACAAAAGACAAAUCUAACGCAGAGUAUUUUAUGAAGGCUGUAGAUUCCUCUGGUGUCUACUGGAACGCGUCCACUAGAUUUGCUGAUGGCUUUAGAUAUGGUUUUGGAACUGAAGUAGGUAUCUCCACGAGCAAGAUUCAUGCCCGUGGUCCCGUGGGUUUAGAUGGCUUGGUCAGCUACCAGUAUCAACUGAGAGGUAACGGUCAAGUUGCCAGUGAUUACGUUGGUUCUGGCGGCAAAAGAGCAUUCUUGCAUAAAAAUCUUGACAUCUCCCAAGCUCCAUUUUGA